AUGAUCUCACUCAUCUCCCUGGCUGUGCUUUCGUACGAGCAUUACUGCACCAUGACCAGAACAACAGAGGCUGACACCACCAACUACAGGAAAACAUGGACAGGUAUCAUCAUCCUGUCCUGGACAUACUCCUUGCUCUGGACUCCUCCCCCUCUUUUUGGCUGGAGCAGCUAUGGGCCUGAAGGACCAGGGAUAACCUGCUCUGUGAACUGGCAUUCCAAGGAUGCCAACAAUGCAUCCUACAUCAUCUGUCUUUUCAUCUUUUGCCUCAUAAUCCCUUUUGCCAUCAUUGUCUGUUCCUAUGAGGAGCUGCUCUGUGCUGUCAGACAGGUAAGUUGGUUCUUCAGCUGCCUUUUGACUGUGACCCCAAAGCAGGCAGAACAGCACAUCUUGGUGAUGGUGAUGUUGAUGGUGAUGAUGAUGGUGAUGGUGGUGUGUUUCCUCCUCUGCUGGCUGCCCUAGGCAGCUGUGGCACUCAUGGCCACCUUUGGGCAGCCUGGCCUCAUCACCCCUGCAGCCAGCAUCAUCCCAGCCAUCCUUGCCAAGAGCAGCACUGUCUACAACCCCAUCAUCUACGUAUUUCUGAACAAACAGCUCAGUGAAAUGCUCCCCUUCCUUCCUUCCUUUGGAUUCCAAGAGGGAAAAAAUAGCGAGGGGAGAUAAAGAGAUCACCUGUGCCAUCGCUCAGAUCCAUGAGAGGGAAGCUCUGGGAAAGGGCUCCAAGGAGAAAAUCGAUUUGACAAAUCCGUGGUUUUGG